CAUUUUUGAAAUGGAGGAAACAACUCCCAGCUAUGAUUACUUCUAUUCUUUUAGCUCAGAUACUCCUGAAGAAAAUUGCCAAACUCUGAAGCUGCCUUAUAUGGAAAUUUUUGUGAGUGUUCUUUAUAUUGUUAUUUUUCUUGUGGGGACUGUGGGCAAUGGUCUUCUGAUAGGAGUAUUAAUCUUCAAACAAAAUGUAUGGAGGCUUACUGAUACCUUCAUUGUCAACUUGGCAAUUUCUGAUUUUAGUUUUCUUAUCACAUUGCCUUUCUGGAUAGACAAGGAACUAGCCUCAGGACUUUGGAGAUCUGGCUCUAUUCUGUGCAAAGGCAGUUCCUACGUUAUCUCAGUCAACAUGUACUGCAGCAUCUUUCUUCUGACUUGGAUGAGUGGUGACCGGUACUUGACCAUCAUGUACCCAUCAAUGGCUAAAAAAAUUAGAACAAAGCUUUAUCCUAUUCUUGUUUGCAUCAGUGUUUGGAUACUAUCCUGCCUGUUAGGGCUGCAUACUCUACAGUCCAGAGAGUUGAAAAGAUACAACAACCAUACUUAUUGUGUGGACAAGGAAACCACAUUCAACAAUUGGGUUGGAUCAUUGAUGUUGCUAACUUUGGCUUUCUUUAUUCCACUGUUCAGCAUAUUAACAUUGCAUUAUUCCAUAAUUAAAAAACUCUAUGAGCACUAUCAGAAAUUUGGGAAACAUGACAAAAAACUGAGAAAAUCCAUCAAAAUUGUCUUCAUGGUAGCAAUUGUUUUUUUUUUCUCAUGGACUCCUUUCAACAUUUUUAAAAUCUUGGCUUUGAUGUCUAGCAUCUUGGAAUUGAAGCAAUCUUUCUGCCUUUACUAUAAAAUUGUCUAUCUGGGCAUGGAACUGGGUGGUCUAUUUGCAUUUGCCAACAGCUGCACAAACCCUUUCAUCUACUUCUUCUUUGAUGAUUGCAUCCAUAGGGCCAUGAUACAAAGUAUUCUUCCAUGCAGGAAGUACAAUAAACCUGGAAGCAGUUUUUCAAGCUUGGACACUUAGAUUUUCAGAGUCCAUUUCUGCCUGAAAAGGUUAUUCUCCGGAAGAAAGGAAGUCGUUAUCAUCCUGCAUAGAGUCAUCAUUUUGAAGUAUUCAUCAAAAGGAGAAAGUUGAAAUGUGAGGAAAUGAAAAUAAAGAAUUAGGAAGGAAUUAUGACUAAGUUAGCUAUUGAAUAUUUAUUUGAGUUACAUGGAAGAUAAGAUAUGCAUCUUUAAUUGUAUAGUUAAUGAAAAGAUUACAUCAAAUAUACUUAUAUUGUAAGAAUUAUAUAUUCUUGAAUGUUAAUAGGUAGUUACAUGAAACUGUGUUUGAAACUAAUAUGAUAUAAAAUAACAGAAAUUGUUAAAAUCCAUGUCUUAUAGAAUUAUAGAAUAAUUAUAGAAUAAUUCAAGCUAUUCAACAGUCAAGCUUAUUUAGACCUAAUUAUGGUGAUCUAUAUAGAUUAGUUCAGAAUGCAAAGCAAAGUUUUAAAAUUAUGCCCCUUUUUCUGUUAACUGUAAACUAUUCAAGCUUCUUCUAAAAUAUACUCUUUUUUGGAUGUACAUCUAUAUCUCUUACAUUGUGUAAAAACUAUUUCAGUUUAAAUGUUGGUGUUAUUGUGAUUCUUCUAGAAAUAUUUGUUUUCUGAUUUUUUAAAAUAAAUAUAUGCAUAAUAAACGAAUUGGGGCUCUUCCUCUCAGCUACGUUCAAGUGUAUUUCUCAGAUUUUGGGGUUAACAGAAAAUUAUGCUGGCAUAAAUUAUGCUGUACUCAGGGUUUUAUUCUGCUUAACAAAGGCAAUAGCUUAUUAUGAAAGCAAUUGAGAGAUGUGUUGCAAUGUUAAAUAUACAAGAAGUUGUUUGAUCUAUCAGCAUCACUACAAACGAUUUUACUGAAUAAUAUUGAUUUACUCAAAUAUAUUUAAAUAGUUGAAUUUCCUACUAAGAAAAAACAUGUUAAAUGUUUUUUAAUAAAUGUGUCACAGCAAAACAACAUGCAAAACAACUGCAAGAGGUUAAGAUAUUUGUAGCUGCCCUUAUUUGUUUACAAGUGAUGGUUCUGUUUUUUCAAUGUGGUUAAGCUGCACUAUUGGAAACUGAAAUCUACUGAAACAAAUUCCAUAUAUGGACAUAUUUACACAUUUCCAUGGUGUAUAGGAUUCUUUUUAUCAAAUCCUGUAGUGAUUACAGAUGCUGCCAUAGGAUUACAAAUUCAAGGAGCUCCAAAUCCAGACAAACAAUAAAUGGCAACAAAGAAAUACAGAGAAUUGUAACUUUGAUCAUCUGGAUUUUUGCAGCCCAGAUGUACCAGUCCCAAAAUCUGCAUUUUGGAUUCCUGAAGAGGCUUUGCAGUUUAAUCAAAGUAUGAACAGCAAAGUGAAAAUCUAAAAUGGUUACUGGCAAUUUAUGAGCAAGAUAUUUAAACUCAGACAUAUCUUGGAUAUUGUUUCUGUACCUCUUUACAAAAUUUGUAUCAUAAGAAAAGUGAUAGUUUCUGUGAAGUGCUUGAUUGUUACGGUGCCAAGUAGAGCUGGAGAAGUGUUCUUUUAUCCCACAAUCUGAGGCCAUGUUUCCCAUAGCUGUGCAUGCACGAGCUAGGAGGAUCUAAUUAGAGGCCAUUUCUUGCCAACAACAAAAAUCAGGAGGGAGUAAAACGCUUUGACCCUAAUUCAAGGACAUGGAAAUUUCAGGAAGGAAAUUCAAAACCUCUUAUGCAGUUUAAUUUCUACAAUGAGAAAUCAAAUGAUCUAAACAACAUUUUGCUAUGAACUGGACUCUAAACAUAUUAUUUACACAUUUACCUUCUGCCAGAUCUCUGUAAUUCUGGGCAUUUGAAAUUAAAUACAAAUUAUUUAAAAAUAAAUAAAAACAAGACAAUAAAAAUAAAAAGCUCAAACUGCCCAAGGAGCUGCUGAUACAGUUCUACAGAGGAAUUACAGAGUCUGUCAUCUGCAC